UACAGCGUGACAGCAUACCAGGUAUGAAGCUUAAAUCGCAAGAUCCAUUGCAACGCACGUCAGAGUAUGUAAAUGAGCUCCCAGGUUCAGACAGCAAUACUGAUCCAGUACAAAAGCCCAAACGUUGUACCAUAAGUGAAAUAGGCCCAGUACAGCAUGAAGUGCCAUCCUGGGUCAACUACAAGCAAGAGAGCAACUCGGCUGGUAAUAACCUCAUUACAGGUCAAGCAGUCAAGCCAGAUUACCUCACUGUUGCAUCUCCCCUGACGCCAAGGCAGCAUGAUACUGGCCAGCACAACCAAGAGACUACUAACAGGUAUGAGCAUACCCCAUAUUCUUACCAGGGUAGUACACCACCAGUAUACCCUGCUGUCUACCAGACCACAAUGGACUUUGCAAAGUUUUUUACACGGCGCGAACUAGUCGCAAAAGGAAUUGUGACGUUCAAUGAUCGUCCUGAAGACUAUAGAGCCUGGAGAUCUUCCUUUCAGAAUGUCACAAGAGACUUAGACCUGUCAUGUAGUGAAGAGGUGGACCUCUUGGUCAAAUACCUGGGGGAAGAGUCAAGCGAACAUGCAGCUAGGAUCAGGGCUAUCAAUAUAAACUACCCUGAGACUGGUCUUAAAAUGAUUUGGAGCAGACUUGAUGAGUGCUAUGGCUCAGCAGAGGUUAUAGAAAGUGCCCUCUACAAAAGAAUUGAGGACUUUCCCAGGAUAACCAACAAAGGCUAUCAGAAACUCAGAGAACUUAGUGACUUACUAAUGGAACUUCAAGUUGCCAAAUCUGAAGGGGACUUACAAGGACUUGCAUACCUUGACACAGCAAGAGGUGUCAACCCUUUAGUUCAAAAACUACCCUACAACCUACAAGAGAAGUGGAUUACCCAUGGUUCCACAUAUAAAUAUAAACAUAAUGUCCCAUUUCCUCCAUUCUCUGUUUUUGUUGAUUUUGUGCAUAACCAAGCAAAGAUAAGAAAUGACCCUAGUUUUGAUCUUACAUUGUCAUGUGCCACUCCAGUUCUCAAUUCACGCAAAACCUCAGUGGCAGUACACAAGACUAAUGUUUCUCCUCCAGAUUUUAUUCACAGGCCGGCAAGCCAAGCAGAGGUAAAGGCACGGGAUCCAAGCAAGCAGUGUCCCAUACAUCAAAAGCCUCAUCCUCUCCUAAAAUGUAGAGCCUUCAGAGAGAAACCAGUUGAAGACCGCAAAAGAUUCCUGAAAGAGAAUGGCAUCUGUUACAAGUGCUGCGGAUCAACAUCUCAUUUUGCCAAGGAUUGCAAGGUCAGUGUAAAAUGCACAGAAUGUGACACCACAGAUCACAACACAGCUUUACACCCUGGUCCAGCACCAUGGGCUUCACAGAGCGCUUCAAGUGACACUGAGCAUGGCGGGGAGAAAGGAAACACUGCUAUAGCUUCACCAGAGGUCACUUCACAAUGCACAGAAGUGUGCAAAGGGACAUUAGGCAGCAGAUCCUGCUCUAAAAUCUGUCUAGUCAGAGUCUACCCAAAAGGCCAAAAAGACAAAGCUGUAAAACUGUAUGCUAUACUGGAUGAUCAGAGUAAUAGAUCCUUAGCCAGAUCAACAUUCUUUGACAUCUUCAAAGCUCAAGGACCAAGCACUCCAUACUCCUUAAAAACCUGUGCAGGUACCACAUCCACAAUGGGGAGGAAGGCCACCGGCUACCAAAUUGAAUCCUUAGAUGGACAGACAUGCCUUCCCUUGCCUACCAUAAUUGAGUGCAACCAAAUUCCUGACAACAGAUCUGAAAUUCCUACAAGGGAGGUAGCAAGCUAUCAUUCACACCUAAAGAGCAUGGCACAUCUUAUACCAGAACUUGAUCAUCAGGCACAGAUAAUCCUACUUCUUGGGAGAGAUAUUUUACAAGUACACAAGGUGAGACGUCAUAUUAAUGGCCCCAAUAAUGCUCCCUAUGCCCAAAAGCUAGACCUAGGAUGGGUCAUAAUAGGAGAUGUAUGCUUAGGACGCAUGCACACUCCCACCUCUGUGACCAGCAUGCUCACCAAUAUGCUAGACAAUGGUCGACCUUCUCUUUUCCAACCAUGCAACAACAACUUUCAUGUCAAAGAAUUGCCAUACUGCAACCAACUGCUCUGCACCUAUACAGAUCUUCCGUGUGACAGCCAUGCAGCAUCUAACAUUUAUGAAGAUCAGUUAGGUUGUACAGUCUUUCAGAGAACAACGAAGGAUAAUCAAGUGGCAAUGUCAAUAGAGGACAAGUUGUUUUUAGACAUAAUGCACAAUGAAUUUGUUAAAGAUGAAACUAACAGCUGGGUCGCGCACCUUCCAUUCAGGAGUCCCAGACAACGCCUGCCUAAUAACAGAGAGCAAGCUCUAAAACGUUUCUCUUCUCUCAAGCACAACCUGCAGAGGAAACAAGAAAUGAGAAACCACUUCUUCACCUUCAUGAAAAAGAUAUUUGAAAAUGGCCAUGCAGAGAUAGCUCCCAAACUCAAAGACUUUGAGGAAUGCUGGUACCUACCAAUGUUUGGAGUAUACCACCCAAAGAAACAAGUCCAAAUCAGGGUGGUGUUUGACUCUAGUGCCAAGUUUGAGGGUGUCUCUUUAAAUGAUGUUCUCUUGACAGGUCCAGACCCGAACAACAAACUUAUGGGAGUACUCAUGCGCUUCCGCAAAGAUUCUAUUGCCUUCACCGCUGACAUUCAACGAAUGUUUCAUUGUUUCCUUGUCAAAAAGGAAGACAGGAAUUUCUUAAGAUUGCUCUGGUACAGAGACAAUGAUCUUUCUAAAGAAGUUAUAGAGUACCGUAUGAGAGUGCACAUCUUUGGCAACAGUCCUUCGCCAUCAGUUGCAAUUUAUGGACUCAAAAGGUCUGCUCAAGAAGGUGAGGCGGAAUAUGGAUCAGAUGUCAGAAAAUUUGUAGAAAAGGACUUCUAUGUUGAUGACUGCCUAAAAGCUAUGCCUUCAAAUGAGACUGCUAUUAAUCUCCUCAGGAGAGCUCAAGAAAUGCUUGCCUACUCAAACCUCAGGCUUCACAAAAUAGCCUCCAAUAGUCAAGAACUAAUAGAAGCCUUUCCAUCUCAGGAUCGCUGUAGUGAUUUGAAAGACCUGGACUUAGGGACUGACCCUAUGCCAGUACAACGCAGCCUUGGAUCUAAAAUCGGACACAUUCAUCUUCCAAGCCAGCAAGGAGGAAAAGCCCUUCACACGUAGGGGUGUUCUGUCCACCAUAAAUAGCUUGUAUGAUCCCUUGGGGUUUGCAGCUCCAGUUACAAUUCAAGGUAAAGCCCUACUCAGAAACUUAACCCGUGAAACAUCUGACUGGGACACACCUUUACCAGCCGAUCAAAGGAUUCAGUGGGAAGAGUGGAAAAACUCUCUAACAGCUUUAUCUAAGCUCAAUGUAGCUAGACCCUAUGCACCAGUGCCUUCUACAGAAAUACAAAGCCAAAAACUCUACAUAUUUUCAGAUGCUUCUGUCAAGGCAAUUGCUGCUGUGGCCUAUAUUAAAAUCAUGGACUCUAAAGGACAAUGCCAUGUCGGAUUUGUCAUGGGUAAAACCAAACUUGCACCAUACCCUGAGCACACUGUACCAAGACUAGAACUAUGUGCUGCUGUACUAGCUGUUGAGGUAGCUGAAUUAAUUACAUCUGAAUUGGACAUUGACCUAAAAGAUGUUGCAUUCUACACAGACAGUAAGGUGGUCUUAGGUUAUAUCUACAAUGAAACCAGAAGAUUCUAUGUAUAUGUUAACAACAGAGUGUUACGGAUUAGGAGAUCUGUCCAUCCAAAGCAGUGGCACUAUGUACCUACAGACCAGAACCCUGCUGAUCAUGCUACUAGAGCCGUUGCUGCUAAUCAUUUGAAUAACACUACAUGGUUUUCAGGACCAAAAUUCUUGUACAACCCAGAGCAAGCUACCGUGAAUGCCUUUGAAUUAGUGGGUGCAGAGUUGGAUGUUGAAAUCCGCCCUCAGGUGUCUACACUCCACACGACAACCUCAGAUAACCAACUCGGAUCUCAGAGAUUCAAACGAUUUUCAACCUGGAAGUCACUUGUUCGAGCAAUUACCUGUUUAACUCACAUAGCUUGCUCAUUCAGUAGUAUGAGAACUUCUAGUCUAAAUGAAUGUAAAGGCUGGCAUCACUGUAGAAAAGGUCUAUGCAGUAUCAGACCUGGAACAUUCAAAGAAACCAUUGGCCUCUUGGCUUAGUCACCAAAACAUUCCCUAGUGAAGAUGGACAUGUUCGCAAAGUAGAAGUGAAGAUAGCAAAAGGAAGUGAAUCCAAGUUGUUUCUCAGACCAAUAUCUGAACUAAUUUUGCUUCUAUCUUGUGAAGACUAAAUUGGUGGCAUCCACGGAUACCAAGCGGGGAGUGUCAUGCCUCCAGCAUCUUUAUGUACUGUAAAGUGAGCCUGAUUACACAGGCACUCCAUCUAGUGGCUGACUUUGCCUUUCAGUGAUUUGUCCCUCUGCUCCUUCCAUCCCUCCUCAGUGAAGUGAAGCAUCUUGGGAGGAAGAACUCCAUUACAGACUGUGCUAAGAAGAGAGAGACUGCAUACUCCAUUGCCCCAUGUGGCAGCAUCGCUGGACCUUAGGAGGUCCUUGGUUCACGUGUUACCCACAAAUCUCUGUAAUGAUGAUUGACAUCAGUAUGGACCAAUUAGCAGUAGUCCAGCCCCUGCACAUAUAAGGGAGCUGCGUCAAAUUAUCGCUCUUUAAGGUUGCUGCUCUCGUGGAUGCCGAACUUACCGGACGGUACUACGCAACUUUUAAAGACAUGCUAUGCCUCAAACACCUACCGGCCUCAGUGGAACCAAAACCGUGAGUUCAAACCUAAAUCCCCGCUAUUGCUAGAGUGACUACUGGAUCGCAAUUAACCCCUAAAUCCAGUGGAGCAAUGCAUAGUAUCAAAAGACUCAAUGCUAAAGUCCCAACCUUUGUCAAUAAUCAAGCAAAAGCUGUUGUUAUACCUAGAGACUGUUGUAAUAUUGAAGCUUGCAGAAAACCUUCAGUAAACGUUAAUGCUGUUUCAGAAAACUCCUAAGGUUGCGGACAAUCUAUUCUUCUUAUAUACCUCCCUACCGCUCUUGGAAAGGGUGGAAGUAGGAAAAGCUUUAUUGAGGAGCCCACACCCUGGCGUCACGAAUAGCAAGGAUUAACAAGCACCCUUUGGUUACCGCACAACUACACUCCCCAUACCCAACAUCCCCCAGGCCAUCACAUAGCUUUUUGGCAUCUUACGAACAGGAUACGGGUGUGUGCCUUCAGCUGUUGCCACCAAGUAAAGUGUACUCCCCCUAUAUAUAAGACUGUCCCAACGUGUUACGGAGCACCAUAUAAUUGUACGGAAGAUUGCGUAUGGUGCCAUGUGCAGAGAGCACACACGAAAAGAGGGGGCUUGCAAUCUUCCUCCACUGCCUGAUGACGACUGGCAAGAUACCCCUCCAGGGGACACCGCAGGGACACCUGGAACUCCAUCACCGGUGAGAUUGCCCCCUCUGGGGUUUCUUGCACUGGGGGUUCGUGGGCUGAGAUCCCGACAGAGGAAUCCUCUAUUAGCACCCCAUCAGAGGCAGCUUUCUCUUCCUCCACCAGCCCUGAGCCAGAGAUACCCCUGUCCGCCUGCAGUAUGCACGACCGUGCUCACCUAAAUUGCCCCAAUGGGUCUUUGGGGAUGAACCUGAUGUAAAAAAUGUAAGUCCCGUCACAGAGAACUUCACGCCCCCAAGCAUGUACAUCUACCUCUUGAGGAGAGGAUCCACUACCAAGAGAACACCAAAAAGAUGGAGGCACUCUUCAUUCGCAAGUGGGAUCAUCCCCGAGAAGGGGAGAAGCCUUUCGAACGUCGUAGAGCAACAGUGGCCAAGUUCGACAAGGUCAGAAGUUAUGGUACCCCCAUUGAUUGCCACACCGGCUAUACCAUCCUCGUAAACCGGCAAGCUGUAAAGAGGUCAUAUCUUCAUAAGAACUCCUAUUCCCUGGAGGUGGGUGAGAUAGUGGAGUACACCCCCAUCCAGGGCCUGCAAGGAGAGUGGGCGGCCGCAGUCACCAGGCCAGCCGCUCCAAACCAGUUGUCCUUCAAGUACUUUCCCUCUGAUGAUUGGGAAGUGGAUCCCUUCCAGCUGAGGCUGAAAUGGCCUGCUCCUGAUGCCUCCACCAACAUACCCAAGGAGGAGGAGUCUUUACAGCAGCAGCCACUUCCUUCUGCCUUCAACAAAGUACCCUGGCCUACUCCCUUCCAGAAGGUUUGGCCUCGACCGCGGGUACCAACCAAAGUACCUGGGUCUACUCCCGACAAGGAGCUUUGGUCUGCCCCCCAGGUUCCAACAAAUGUGCUGUGACCCACGCCUGAUGAGGAGGUGGGGCCGAAUCAACCAGCACCAACUGUUAACCUCAAUCCUUCAGUGUCACACUCUACCUUUACUAAUGUGGUGUGGGAGAGCCACAUUAACUCUUUGCCUGCUCGUGAUCCUGAGAGGGGUAGAGGCACUAGGCGAGGAGAGGACGAUAUAGCCAGAGUUGCAUCUGAACUGUGACAUUUAUACAGCUUUAAAGUUUUGUUGUCUUUACAGACUCUUUUCCUGCAACAGUUCAAGAAAUGUGCCUAGCAAGACUGUGCUAAGACCGUUGAAGUUGUAACGUAACCGUCAAGCUUUUGUGCCUGGUCCUUAGACCAAAAGACUCCUAGAGGUAGGAGAUUCGUAAGUGUGUGCCUGGCUAGAGCUGGUAGCCGUGAAGUUUAGACUCUUAGUGCAGGUGGACUGCUGAUCCUUGCACGCCUGUUUAUCUGUUUAUUUGUGUGUUUCCCUGAAAAUAAACCCUACCCCGAAAGUAAGCCCUAGCAGUAUUUUCAGGGUGGGCUGCAAUAUAAGCCCUACCCCGAAAACAAGACCUAGGCCAGGGUAAUCAACUAGCUGACUGCGGUCCAGAUCCGGACCGUGGCCGCCAGUAAUGCCCACAAAUCCGUAUGCAUGGCCGACGUCACGGACGUGUCCCUGCCCCCCGGCUGCUAAGCAACAGAAGGAGGUCCCACUGCCGCUGAGAGCUGCAGCUUCCGUACGGUAUGAAGGUGUGAGGUACGGUAGUUUAUUAUGGCAGAGGGGUGGGGGGCACUGUAGGA